AUUUCUAUUCUACAGUGUAAUAGGUUUUACGGCUCCUCUCAGCGAUCUCCGUAUUUACCGUAAACACCGAAUGAAUGCUGCACGCAAACGAUAGAGACGUCUUAAUUAACCACGCAAACUCACCGCAGUGAGCUGAGGGAGAAGCGAACCUGAUGUGAAAAUGAAACUUUAGUCAACUUUAACUGCGUCACACGGACACACAACGCAUUCACAAAGGCGUCGUCGUCGUAGAAUCUGGGAAACUGGAAGCUAAGGAUCCGCGUGUCCAGCCUGAGGAUGCACCGGGCGCAGACGACAGGAGCAAUGUCUGCAUGUCCCUGCGGGCUUUCCAUGAAAAGCAACAUGUCCAUGGGCGUCCCCGAGGAAUUCAAAAGAGAAGAGGGUGUAAAAGCAGGAGCAGUGUCUCUGUGUUCCUGUGGAUUUUCCAUGAAAAGCAACAUGUCCAUGGGCGUCCCUGAGGAAUUCAAAGGAGAAGAGGGAAACAAACCUUCAAGUGUGGAUGUUUUCAGUGGUCAAUCUGUAUUGAAUCAGAGCCUUGACCUAAAGGAGUUUGAAGCCAAAGUUCUGGACUUUGUGAAGUCAAAUAUGACAGAUUGUCAGAAGAUUCUCAGAGGUGGUGGAGUGAUUGAGGAUGACAAAGACCAUGAUAAACUGGAUCCUUCGGAAGCUGCAGCCAAAGAAGCGUUUUUGCAGAUCGCUCUCCAUGUCCUGAAGAAGAUGAAACUGAGUAAUUGUGUUUUCAUCCUCGAACAACGAUGUUAUGGAGAUCUUACUGUCUACCAGCGGAAGCUUAGAUCUUGCAUGAAACUGAAGUUUAAGUUCAUGCCUGAAGGGACAGCAAAUCAAGGAAAUACCACAAGUUUCAACAAGGUAUAUACAGAGCUCUAUAUUCUUGAUGGAGACAUUAAAGAGAUCAAUGAGCAACAUGAAGUGAGACAAAUUGAGAAACGCGUCAACCGACCAAAGUCUGCAGAAACAGCAAUCAAAUGUGAGAACAUUUUCAAGCCUUUACCCCAACAAGGCCACCCAAUCCGAAUGGUGCUCACCAAGGGCAUAGCAGGUAUUGGUAAAACUGUACUCGUACAGAAGUUCAUGCUGGACUGGUCAGAGGAAAAGGCCAAUCAAGACAUCCAGCUCCUGUUCUCACUUCCUUUCAGGGAGCUGAAUUUGCUUAGACAUGAAAAAGGAAGUUUUAUGGAGCUCCUGUAUCACUUCUAUCCAGACCUGAAAGAUUCUGGAGUUAAAGACCUGAAGACUUACAAAGUUCUGUUUGUCUUGGAUGGUCUCGACGAAUGCCGACUUCUGCUGGAUUUUACAGGGAAUGAGACUUGUUGUGAUGCUGCACAGCCAGCUUCGGUGGAUGUUCUACUUACAAACCUAAUUAAGGGUAACCUGCUACCAACAGCGUAUUUGUGGAUUACAUCUCGACCUGGUGCCACCAGCUGCAUUCCUUCAAAGUAUGUUGACCGAGUGACUGAGAUAAGAGGCUUCAGUGACCUACAGAAAGAGCUGUACUUCCAGAAGAAAAUUGAAGAUGAGAACUUAGCCCGAAGAGUAGUCACUCAUGUAAAGUCAACCAGAAGUCUCUAUAUCAUGUGCCAUGUUCCAGUGUUUUGCUGGAUUUCCUCUAUUGUCUUGGGAAAUAUGUUUGCCAAACCUGGAGGAGGAAAAAUGCCAAAGACCUUGACACAGAUGUACAUCCACUUUCUGGCUCAUCAGACUGCACAAAUGCAUGUCAAGUACGAUGAAGCACAAAAGCUGGACACCCACAGUUAUAACAAAGUGAUUCUGUCACUUGGGAAGUUGGCUUUUCAGCAGCUGGACAAAGGCAACCUGAUUUUCUAUGAAGAGGAUCUUAUAGAAUGCGGCAUUGAUGUGAAAGAGGCAUCCAUCUUCUCAGGAGUCUGCACUCAAGUCUUCAAGGAAGAGUCUUGUAUACAGCAUAAAGUCUUCUGCUUUGUUCAUCUGUCUGUCCAAGAGUUUCUUGCAGCUUUGUAUGUUCAUGUGAUGUACAACAUCAGUGGCGUAAACUUGCUUUUGGAAGACUCGCAAACCAGGUCUGUAUUUGAGCUGCAAAAAGCUGCAGUGGACAGAGCCUUACAAAGUAAAAAUGGCCAUCUGGAUCUUUUUCUGCGUUUCCUACUUGGAAUCUCUCUGGAGUCCAGCCUGGUUGUGCUCAAAGGCCUGAAGUUACAACUAGAAGCUUGUGACUCACACAGUCACAAGGAAUCCAUCAAGUACAUCAAGGAGAAAAUAAGCCAGAGUCCUCAUCCAGAAAGAUGUAUAAAUCUCUUUCAUUGUCUAAGUGAGUUAAACGAUGACUCUCUGGUGGAGGAGAUUCAGAACUACAUAGACACAGACCGAGACUCGCCAAUGGAAAGGUGCUCUCCAGCUCAGUGGGCAGCUUUGGCCUUUGUGUUGCUCACCUCACAAAAGCAUCUUGAAGUAUUUGAACUCACAAAGUACUGCAGGAAUGAAGAAGGUCUUCUCAUGCUUCUACCAGUCCUCAAAGCAUCCAGAUGUGCAAAGUUGAAUGACUGUAAACUCACCGCAAACUGUUGCCAGGCACUAUCUACCACUCUGAGCUCAGCAUCUUCAGAACUUCUUGACUUAAACUUAAGUGACAACAAUUUACAGGAUUCUGGAGUUGAGUGUAUAUCCACUGGUCUCCUGAGCCCAAACUGCAGACUGAAGACACUAACGCUGAACCGUUGCAGUCUCACUUAUAAGUGUUGUGAAAAACUGGCGUCAGUCCUGAGGUGUAAUCACUCACAACUCCGAAAGUUGGAUAUAAGUGACAACGAUAUUGGAGACUCGGGAGUGCAGCUGCUCUGCACAGGAUUAAGAAAUGUCUGCUGUAAACUGAAAGUUUUGAGGCUGGCGUUCUGUGGUAUUACGGAAAAGGGUUGUGGUUUCUUGACCAAUGCAGUAGCGUCCAACUCAUCUCACCUGAAGGAGCUGAAUUUGAGCUACAAUCACCUAGGAGAGUCAGGAGCCAAGCUCAUAGCGGAAACUCUGGAGGAAUUCACCAAACUGAGUGUGGACCACAAUGCAGAAUGCUGGUUUAAACCUGGACUAACCAAAUAUGCAUGUGAGCUGACACUGGACCCUGACACAGCUCACAACCUCCUUGUCCUCUCUGGGGACAACAGGAAAGUUACCCAGGGCAACAACGAGCAGCCGUACCCUGAUCACCCCAACAGAUUUGACCACUGGACCCAAGUCCUGUUCAGGCAGGGCCUGACCAGCCGCUGUUACUGGGAGGUGGAGUGGCAGGGAAACUGGGCAGGCCUUGGCGUAACCUACAAGGGCAUUGGUCGCAAGGGUGUGGGAAACGAUUGUGUGAUUGGAUACAAUAGGAUGUCCUGGGGUUUGCAUUGCUCCGCUCAUGGCUAUGCUGCAUACCACAACAUCAAAAGCAUUGCUAUUCCAGUCCCUUCACUGGGUUCUCAUAGAGUAGCAGUGUAUCUGGACUGGGAGGCAGGCAUGCUUUCCUUCUACAGAGUGUCUUCUGAAAGGUCACUGACUCACCUACACACCUUCUACACAACAUUCACCGAGCCUCUGUACCCAGGUUUUAGAGUCUGGGACUACGGCUCCUCUCUCACAUGGUGUCAGCUCGAGUAACAUUAUUAGUAUUAUUUCAGUUCCUCAGUAUUUUCAAAAUCAGCUCUUUUAAAUUUCAACUGUGUUUUAGUAAUAAUAGCAGUAAAAUUUUCAUUCAAAUUUUCAUUCUCAAAUAAUUUAGAUGUUUAUUCUACCUGUCAAUAGUUAAUUCCAUGGUUUCAUAGUGCCAUCUCCACUCCAUGAUAUUCGAAUCCUGUUAAUCCAAGUAAAAAACAUCAAACUACUUUUUCUAUGUUAUAACACUGUAAUUCUUUAAAUUAUUUUUGUGAACUACUGAUGUCAUGUGAUACUAAAGAAAUAUUACAUUUCUUCUAUCUUAUUAAAUCUUUGUAAAUAAAAUUAAAAUCCAUAGAUUUA